AUGGAUUAGAAUAUACAAUUGAUACAAGUAUGCUCAAAUGACGAGAUCCUUAUUUAAUGCAGUGACUUGUUCCUGAGUUCAGAUGGAUUUUAUCCACCUUUCAUAAAAAUGAAGUUCAUGCAAAAAAUAUUAUUAGAUCUCAAUUGCAAAUAGAAAAUAUGAUAUUUCAUAUCUUUCCAGUCUAAUUUGAUAACGACGACAUCCAGAUAAUCAAUCAAUAGGAAUAUAUACAAUACUCACAAGAUAUAGUAAUACAAUUAGCUAAAUCUAAUAAAUUUAUUUGUGUUAUUGUGCAUAAUGACAAAUAUAUACUCUCUUUAACUAAUAAUAUUGAUAGAACAACACUAUUCAGAAUAUAGCCUUGUUAUAAAUCUUAAAUUUAAGUAAUCGAUCCUUAUUAUUAAAGAAUUCCAAUAAAGUUUCAUUUGAUGAUGAUAUAUUUUUGAUGUAUUCUCCUGAAAAUAUUACAUUGUAAACUCUAGAAUAAUAAUCAGAUUUAUUUGUAAAUGUGAACGAGAAUAUGCAACAAACUUCCGAUUUUAUAAUCUCAACAACCAAAUAAACCACAUUCAAAUUCAAAAAGCAUCUCAAAGAUAAUUAGUCUACUACAUUUUGUUAUGGCAGCCUGAUUAAAAUUAAAUAAAUUGAAAGAGACUCUUAUUUAGAGUUGACUACCAAUGAAAAUAUUCAAUAGAAUCCUCACAAUAACAACUUACAUAUGACAGAUGUGCAAACACAAUAUUAGCGAAUUUACUCCAAAAAUAAGACAAUAUUUUGGAGAUCGGGAGAAAGAAAUUAAUAAACUAUAGAGUUAUUAAUCUAUGAUAUAUGGAGACUGUAUCAUCCUCAAAAGAUCAAUUAAUAGAUCAAAUAAGGAGAUUAAUUUUAUCUAUAAAAUUUGUCUGGCAAUUUCUAUUUGAAUGGAGAUUAGAUUUGCUAGACUUAUUAAGAGGCUUCCCUCUUUUCAUUAAUGGAAGAAGAGAGCAUCAAUAAUAAACUCUUUUACAUUCUCUGCAAUAACCAAUAUUUGAGUUAUAAAAUUAUUAAUGAAAAUAAUUUUAAUUAGAUUCAGGAUAAACAAUUGGUCAAAUACAAAUCAAAAAAAUCUAAAUUAGACUUAUUACAAUUUGAUCUGAUCUCAAAUGUGGAUUUCGUCCACUAAAAUUGGUUAGACAAUAUAGUUCAAUUGAUUUAUCAAAUCAACCUUAAAUAUUAGUUGCACUACGAUGAUAUCAAUUCAUUUAUCAAGAAUUAAUCAAUAAAUGAUGGAAAAUUUGAUGCUCUCUUCUUUGAAAUAUAGUAAUUGGAAAUUGCAUUGAAUGAUCUUACUAUCUUCUGUGUUGCCGAUGAAGAGAAACCUAAAAUAUUAGAUAAAAAUGCAAUAUAUUAUUUGAAGAUGAAUCAAUAUAACUAGGAUUUACUAAGAAAAAAGGUUAUUGUUUAAUCUCUCAUUGAGUUUAUUGAAGUUGUGAAAUGGUCAUAUGAAUACACAUAAAUUAUUGAGUAAAAUAAAAUCGAAUCCAACAAUGAUAUACCAAUAUAAGACCAUAAUAUUCAAUUCUUAUUUCAAUUAAAUACUAUUCUUAAUCAAAUAUUCCUUUUUUUUGAAGCCUUUAGUUCAAACAACGAUUAUAACAGUCAAAUAAUAUUUUUGGCCUACUUUAAACUAAAAUAAUAUUUAGGCUACAAUGUUGGAGCAUUUUAUUGUUUGAUUAGACUUUUUGAGAACAAUGCAAAUCUAAUACCUGUUGCAGGUAUAAUGCCUUUUAUUGAGGAAUCUGAAAAGGAAUUUGACUUGUCUUUAAUCAAACGCUCCACAAGAAUCAACACCAUCUUAACUAAACAAUAAAAUUAAAUUAAAUCUUAAACUUUAAUCGAUGAGAUUUUUGAAAGAGCAAAUUAUUGUCUCUAAAUCCUAAAUAAGAGAUUCUGGGGCAAUAUCAUGAAGAUAUUAAGUGUUCUAUGCUUACAAAAUGAUAAAGCAUGCUUCAAUAAUUAAAUUAAUAUAGGUAAGCAUAUUAUUAAAGGCCCGAAAAUACUCUUAUAAUUUGUUAUUAAGGAAGACAAUCUACUCUAUGUAUAAAUAGAUGAUAAAUAAUAUGAGUUGAAUGAAAUUUAUGUUUAGAGUAGCAAGGCGAAUAAAGAUUUUAUGAAAGACAUCAUAGAAUGUAAGAAUUUCUUAGACUCUCAGUUGAAUCUCAUAGGGUUGUUAUGUUAGGAAAGGAAUUAUGAGAACAUUUAGUUUUAUAGGACAAAGUUACCAUAAAAGACUCUAAUUAAUUAUAUCAGUUAUUCUGGAAAUGCUGAAACAUUAAGAUGCAGAUUAAUUAUUAUCUUAAUGAAUUUAUAUGUUGAUUGUUAUCCAUAUCAACCGAAGCAAAUCCCUAAACUUAUAUUCAAUCUGAAUAAAUAAUAUGGUACUGUUCAAUAAUCUAAUGGAUUUAAUGCUGAGGCAUCAUCGUUAGAAUUGUAGGAAUUUUAGAAAAAGUCUCUUCAUAAAUAAUUAACAAGAUAAUUUACAAUAAAUGACACAAAAGCUAUUGAAAAAUUACUUACCAUAACUUAAGAAUUAGUUAAACUUAAUUUAAUCUAGUAAAAUUAAAUCAAUCUCAGUUUAAGUGUUUGUAAAAUCUUACAAAUGUUUUACAAAUUGUAUACUUUCAAUCUCCCUUAAAAUAAAGAUUUCCAUGAAAAAUACUUUGAUGUUAAUUUAUUAAUACAAGCCUACACCUUAUUACCAUAAUCAUUAGAGUAAAUUCAACCCUUGUAAGAGUAAGUUCAGCAGUUCUAGUAAUUUUAAGAACAAAAGGAAAUAUUUAAUUAGAUGUCCAUUAUUUUAAUUGAUUUCUUGCAACUCUAUUUUAAACAAAAGGAAACUAAAAUUUUAACUUCAAUUAUUAAAACAUCAUAAUAACUUGAUUAUCUUGAUUUCUCAUAGUAAUAUAAUUACAGUCGCUAUGAAAAGAUAAAGGAGAAUACAUUUCUUUUAUUAAAACAUAAGUAAUCAUAAACUGAAACGCAAUUAAAGGCUUUUAAUUUGAUGGAAUCUCUAUAUUAACCAAAAAGGAACAUUAUUAAACGCCUAUAAAAAUGCUUAUUUUUGGAAAACUAAGAAGAAGUGUUUCAUUAUUAAUUUAUAAAAUCUAUGAUUUUGUAAUUGAAAGAAUUAGAAAGUGCUGAUGAAAAGUAGUAAUUAUAUCAAAAUUGUAUCAAGUCCCUAAUAAAUUUAAAUCAAUUGUUAAAAAAAGCAGAUAACUUAUUAUUACUAUAGAAGAUCUUGAGAAUUUUGAAUGUAGAUUUUAUUCUUUUGGAUUUUCUGGAAAGUUAUUAAUAAAUUUGUUAAGUAAUUACUUAAAAGUUCAUUAAAAGUAAUAAUGAUGACAGAUACAUAUUAGAAAUUAACAACGAAGAGGAUUCAAUACUACAAUUUUGCACAUAGGCAUUCAUAAUUUUAAAGUAUUAAUGUAAUGGAAAUAACUACAAUAAAUAAAGAGUUCUAAGCAAAUUUAGUUAGUUCGAUGAAUUCUUGAAAUGCAUAGAUUUAGGAUAAUAUGAUUUACUUUAAGAAAUCUAUUUUGAGUCAUAUGAAAAUAUUGAGUCAGCAAGUAGUAGGAUUAUUUAUCUACUCUUGGAUAAUUUGAACUUUGGUUCCUUGAAAGUGUUGGAAUCACUAGUCAUUUAAUAAAGUGUAUCAAGCAGUAAGAAUUUGUUCGAAAUAAUCUAAUAAAUUUAAAAUAGUAAGAAAUUUAAAUAAUAACUUGGAUUUUAAGAUAAUCCACUUGAAAAGAUCCUAUCAUAAAAUAAAUUUUAAACAUUUUAGAAGUAAUUUUUAAUUGGAAAUAUGCCAUACAUAUAUCAAAUAUAAGGUAUUCAAUUUGUAUUGUAUUUGCUCAAAUAUUCCAAUCCUUAAGGUUGUAAAGUGUUAGCUGAUUCAUUCCCUUUACAAUAGGUUAUAAAAUAUUGCACUUAAUUAAAAGAUAUAUUCAAAUCUACAUUCGAAGAUUUAAAUGUAGCAAUCUUGAAUACAAUUCUAAAAACUUAGUUAAUUAAACUAUUUAAUGUGCUAUUACAUUAUAAAGAAAUCAUCAAGUAUGACGAUGAAAUUCAAUAAACUAUUGUUCAAUUUAUAGAUAAGGAAACUAAGGUUUUUGAAAGCAAAGUAGUUGUGUUAGAUCCUAAAAUGAAGUCAACAAACGAAGCACAAAAAUUAUAUGAUUAUGUUAAUUCCAGUUUUAAAUUCAAAAUACAAAAAAAGUAGAAAGAAACUAAUUAGUAAUUGUUUUAAUAAAUUCAAUCUGGAUCAGAGAAUGACAGUGAUGAUAGUGACGAAAAGGAGGAUGAGUAAUUAUCAGAAUGUUAAAAAUAAAUGGCAUGCUUUUCAUUAUAACAUAAUUUUAGUUGCCUCUAUUUUAAUAAUUAUGCAAUGCUCUUACUGAAUGUUUUUCUUAACUUAGCUCAAUUAAUAUAAGAAUAGAUUGAGAAUUUUGAAGAGUCAAAGUCUAAAUCUGGGAGCAGGGCAUCUUCAACUUUGGCAAGACAAAUGAGUUUAUCGUAAGCAUUUGCUGAGAGUAUUGUGAAUGAUAUGAAUCAAAGUGUGAAAUUAAGGCCAUUUCAUAAUUUGAAAAUCAAAAUUGACUUAUUUUUGAAAUAAAUAGAGGAGUAUUUGAAGGUUAAUUUAACGAAAUGGGAAAUACUAGAUAAUGGGCACUUUUUGAUAGAAAAAUCAUAAUAGUUGAAAAUAAUAUUUUUAAGAAAAUUGGAAUUUCAAAAUUGCAAUCUUGAUUAAAUUGAACAACAGAAAAAGGAUCAGGUUGUUGAUCCAUACUGUUCGCCGAUUUAUUGUAAUGAUAAUAGAAUUCAUGAGUUGAUUUUAUUGAAGAAUAAAUCUGAAAAUAAAUUUAUUGACAAAUAAAUUAAUAGUUUUUUUAUAAAUGAACAAGUUUUGGCAAUAGAAAACUUUGAUAUGUACUUUUAAAUCUACAAAUAAUAAUUAUUUAUGAAUGAGGAUUUCGAAAUAAUCAGUGAAAACUUUUCAAAGACUAUUGUGCCAUUGGUUAAUUGUUUUUCAUCGAGUAUGAACAAUUUAAACAAGAAUUUUAAGUUCGUCAAAAAGAUAUUAAAGUUUUUAUGGCACAUGUUGGAUAUACAUACUUAUAUUAGAGAUGAUUAUAUUUAGACAGUUAAGGUUUAUGAGUUGAAUAAAAAGGGAAAGUAUCAUUCUAAAAGUGAAUAGAUUCUCUAAAUAAAGGCGAUAAAGGCUUUGCAGAAUUUGCUUGUUAAUUAAGGGUUCUUCGAAAUCUUUUUGUCAUUUUGUAAUUAAUAUGAUAAAAUAAAGAUUGUUCAAUAAUCAGAAUUGUAUUUAUUGAAUAAGAAAAAGAAAGAGAAAUUAUUAUAUUAAUUUUUAUUAACUUCAAUAAGAUUAGUCAGAGGAAUUGAAUCUGCGAAUUAAUUUGCUUAAUAAAAACUAAUGCAAGAGAUCCUAAAAACCAAGAGCAAUUACAUGUUAAAAAUAUUUUCAAGCAUUUUUGAAAGAUAUCAAUAAUAAGAUGAAACAUUAAAAUUGCGAUCCUUAAUCUAACAUGAUAUCAGUAGAGUGUAUUUGGCAUAUGAAUUCAAUGAAAAUCAUAGAUUAGAGUAGAAAAAGAAUGCGAUGAAAUUGGGGAUUUUGUAAGUUUAAAUGAAAUUGAUUUAACUAUUAGCUGAAGAUCAUUUUAGACCAUUUCAAGAUUUCUUUAGGGAAUAAAUUGGAUUUGCUUAGAAUUAUGAUAUCAUUUAACAUCUGAUGAACAUUUUGUUGAAUUUCUUCAAUUAAGAAUCCUUUUAUGCUUUGAGCCAGGAUGAUUACAUUUUGAUUUUGAAUUGUUUUGAUUGCCUUAAAGAAUAUAUCUAAGGUCCUUGUCCUUAAAACUAAGAAAAGCUCUGUUAACCUUAGUUUUUAAGGUUAUGUGGUAAACUAUUGGGAUUUGAUGAUUCUUAGAUUAAGUUUUUGAAUCUCUAUCAAAGAUUCAGUAAAAUUGAUUAAGCUUUAUUGAAUUAGGACAAAGAAAGAUCAAGAAUGUAAACCUAAGAACAAGUUAGAAAGAUUAAUAAUCUUCAGGAUAAAACAAUCAUUUAAUAAUAGAUAAUUUAGUAUUAUAUCUAAUGUCCAGUCUAUUGUAAACAAUUAGUCACAUCAUUUAGAAAAAGUAAUUCACUUAACUAUAAAUUGUUUAUGCUAUCUGAAAUCAAAUACAGAUGUGCAACAACAUUGGAAUCAUUAACUGAUAAUGAAUAAAAUGAAUCAGAUAUUUUAAAGAGAAUUUCAAUGAUAAUAAAUGAGAAGAUACUGAUUCGCAAUAUUACAAUUUAAUAUGAGAAAUACAAAAUUUUGCAUGGUUCUGGUAAAAAUUACACAAACCUUGUAUUUUCCCAUUUGUUAGGGGAAGACGCGAAGAAUAUCGAAUAGGAGAAGGAGAGAAAGAAAAAUAUAUAAAGAAAAAAAGUUUAAAUAAAAGAUAGCAAUACUUAUUGGUAUUAAGUUGAAUAGGAAGUGACAGUGGAAUCAGCUGUAAAAGACUUUUGGGACUCCUUUAUUAUAGAGACGGGGUUCUCCUUAUUUAAUCUUUUAGCCUAAGUAUAUUAGAUGAAAGAUUAAGAUGUGUUGGAAAGAAUAUAUGAGUAAAUAGACAAUACGAAAACAUAGAAAAAGAAAUAUAAAUCUAUAGUCUUUUAUAAUCUCUACAAGGCAAUAUUUUAGGCUUCGCAAUUAACAAAGUAUUUACGUUGUUAUUAUUAUUUAGAAACAUAAGGUAGCUAUAAGAAAGUGCCCAACUUAGUGACAAGAUUUUUAAUCCUUACAAAUUAAAGAAAGCCUCAGGUGAAUAGGAGGCUCAAUCGAAGAAAUUGGGAUAUAGAGCUUUGAGGUUCUUUGCAACGAGAACAGGAUCUAUAGAAAUACUGUUACCAUCAAAACAACUAAAAAAAGUGAUGUUUCCACUAGUUCCUCAUUGUUUUGCUCUCAACAAUGUAAUUAAAGAGAAAUUCGCUUCUGAUAUUGAUAGAUUAUCUUAAUAGAGGAAGGUUGAAUCAGUGUUGUCAAAUUCAUCUCACAUAAUUUAGAAAUUAAAAACUGAAUAUAAAUUCUAAGCCUUAUACAAAAAGAAUUUUGUGAUAAAUUUGUUAGCUAGCAAUUAGAAACUAUGGAAAUAAAUAAUAUUUUUAGUAAUAGUGUUAGAAAAUCUAAUGAUCUUAUUCUCAAGUGAUUCAAACUUAGAGAAGAUAUUCGGGGAUAUUUUGUUUGGAUUAACAAUUACAUAAAUAAUUUUGUAAUUCCUUUGUUUUUUUAUCUUUAUAGUGAAAAAAUUGCCAUAUUUAAGAAUAAAAUCAUAAGAGAUAGUGUUUGAGAAGCAAAUAAAUAGAAUUAGAAUGAGAGAGAUCAAAUAUAAAUAUUUGGAUAAUUCUCAAAGCAUAGUACUUCAAGAGGAUUUUGUUUUAGAGAAGACUGACUCCUUCUUAUUGGAAUAGAAUAAAUGGAGGAGAAUGUAUUUUAAUCUAACAGAUUUCUUAACAUUAUAUAAGUGCAUCUUGUUGGAUUAUGAGAUGAUUUACUUCUUAAUUUUUACAACCCUGGCCUUUAUUGGUCUGUACGUGAAUAUAGUUUUGGCAUUGUUGCUGUUGGACGUGUUUUGGCGAUUCCCAACGUUGACAUCGAUAGUGAAUGUAAAAUGAUUAAUUCAUAAACAUAGGCAAUUUGGAGACCUAGUGGAUCGAUCUUAUUGGUACUCUCUUUGUACAUAAUAAUGUAAUACUAUUAUUCUCUAAUCGUUUAUCAUUAUUAUGCAGAUCAAUAUACACCAUAUUGUGAAAACUUGCUCUAAUGUUUCUCUUUCAUAUUAGAUGUCACAUUCAAGACAGACGGUGGUUCUGUUGGCUUUGUUUCGUCUAGUGAUGUGUAUGCAGAUGAAAACUACAGAUACAGCAUCCUCAAUUUUUGGGAAUUCGUUUAUGUCUUCGUUGUAAUUAGUUUGUUAUACUCUAUAAUUACUGGUAUCAUCAUAGAUUCAUUUGGUGUGUUGAGAGAUGAGGCUGAAGAACUUGAGAAUGACAUCAAAGGAUUUUGUUUGAUUUGUGGGAUAGAUAGAGGGACUUUGGAGAAGAAGGCAAAACACAAAAAGGGAUUUAGAUUUCACGUUAAAUAUGAACAUUGCGUUUGGAAUUACAUCUUUUACAUUUCCUAUUUGGAGGAUAAAAAGAAAUCAGAUUAUAACGGAAUUGAAAGUUAUGUAGAUUCAGAUUUGAAACGAGAGAGUAUCAAUUGGUUCCCCAUUAAUAAGUCACUUUCCAUUCCUGAUGAAGAGGAGGAGCAAGAGGUAAUCAUUUAUAUUGAGUGAUUAGGAACUGUCGAAUUUUAAAUAGACAAUAGAUGAUAGAUUAAUAGAAAUUUAUAACAAAAUUGAUUAACUUAAAGGUUGAUGAGUUUUAUCUUAUCAAGAUAUAG